UUUGCAACACUACUGGCGAUACUGUCAUCUGUCAAGCAGUUUUGAAACUUGUCAAAUUUUGAAUUUAAUUAUUUUUAUAUUUAUGAAGAAUUUUAACAAAAAAGUAAAUAAAAAUAUCAAUUUCUAAAAUGUCUGAUAUAGAAUUUGAUCCGAAUGUUAAAGGUCGGAUAUUAGACGUGCUUGCUGAUCUUAACGACGUUGAAUUGGAAUCUAUUGAAACGUGGUUUUGUAGUCGUGCAUAUAAAAAAGAACUGGAACAAAAGCGAUCAUUGGAUGCUUCAAAUGAAAUAUUGAAGAAAAUUGGGGACACAAUAAAGGAUCUUGUUCCUUUUGAAGCCGAAAUGGCAUCAGAAACUAUAGCUCCCCCAACAAUAGGGGAACAAGCAGAUUGUAAUGCAAUCAACACUCUGCAUGUUGAUGAAUUUCUUUAUGAUGAAGAUGAGGUGGCUGAGUUAGCAAAAAAGGGAAAAAUAAAAAGGCACUAUUGCUUAGAUUGCAGCUCUCGUAACAUUAAAGAUUUAACAUUUAUUUCACACUCUAUGUCAAAAGAAGAAUUGUUGUAUAUUUUUAAAGUUUUACUUCCAAAGGACUUGGAAGACAAACAAUUAUUAGAUGUUGGAUCAAGACUGGGGACUGUACUUUUUGGUGCAUAUUACCUAUCUAAUCUGAGAUCUAUUAUAGGAAUAGAAAUGAACAAAGAGCUAUGUAAAGUACAAGAAAAAGUUAUUGAGCAGUUUUCAAUGGAUAACAAUAGAAUAAAAGUCAUCCACUCAGAUGUAAUGAAUAAAGGUGACAUUGUAGCUAAUUCAAACAUUGUAGUAAUUAAUAUCCUUGAUUUUUUUGUUGACAAUCAAAAACAUAGAGAUAUGUGGUAUUUCUUCAAGAAGCACAUGAAAAAAGGAAGUUACUUAGUAACAAACAGAAGCAUGAGAGAUACUUUGGAUGAUUUAGAAAUAUAUCAUGAUUUUGCUAAUUGGUUAAAUAUAUGCCGAAUUAAUCAAAUGGAAAAUGAAAUUUUUUGUCAUGUAGAGGACUAUAGUAAUUUAUAUCUGUAUAUAAUUAACUAGAAUUAAAUAUAUUUUAUACUGAG